AUGUCUCUCCCCGAACGACCGGGCGCAACGCCCACGUACGAGGAACGGCAUAGCUACCGAACCCAAUCGCGGAGAUCGCGGCCUGCAGACGUCGAGGCUGGAGGAUACGCUCCCCUCGACGGGCAAUCUCACCAUCAACGUGGGCCCUCAGCAUCCUCCUUCGCCGACACAAUUCCGUCUCCUAAUUCAGAAAUAGAACAAACACCUUUGUCGCCGACGUCGCCGCAGACUCCGAGGGGCCCGAGCUCGCCGUCCUUCCAGCGCAAACGAAGCCUCAUCCGCCCCGAACGGAACAGGAUAACGAAAGACCAUCCGAACUACCACUACCGUAAACAUGCCCAAAACAUGGCCACGAUGCCAUCAACAACGGGGAACGACCCGAUAAUUGAGGACAUCGAAGGCACGACCGACCUAUCCGGGGCCGGGUCGAGGAACGACGAUGCCCUCUCCGAUCAGUCCCCGCCCAGGAGACACCGCAGUGAUGACGUCGAGAAGGGUAGAACCCGAAGGAGGACAAACAGCGGGAAGAUCACCAAGGAGAAGCGCAAACAGCAAGAGCAAUUACGCCCGCCGAGUCUAUGGAACAUCUACUGCGCAAUUGUGACCUUCUGGUGCCCUGGCUUCGUGCUUAAGUGCUUCGGAAUGCCCACAAAGGCACAGCAGAGAGCAUGGAGGGAAAAGAUGGGCCUGAUCAGCCUUAUCCUCAUGAUCAUGGCGUUCGUCGGUUUUCUCACCUUCGGCUUUACACAGGUUGUUUGCGGUCGUCCCCCGCUACGGCUACGUGUGAACGAAGUGACUGCUGGUUACAUGAUCUUCCACGGAUCGGCCUAUAAUCUAGCUGGUUCGGGUCACCCUCCUGCUAUGGGGAUUCCCCGCCGCCUCGACGGCAGUGCCGCAAACGUGCUCUACGACCUUCCGGAAAAACAUGGUGGCAAGGACGGCAGCUUUCUGUUCCAAAACGUCAACGGCAAGUGCAAGGGCUUGAUUAAGGCCGCCCCUGGCUCCGACGUGCCGACCGACAGAGACGGUAACCUCGCCUGGUACUUCCCGUGUACGACCUUCAACCAAGAUGGUUCCUCGAAGCCGAACAAGACGAUCCCCUACUAUCUUGGCUACGCGUGUCAUACCACCGCAAAAGCGAGAGACGCCUUCUACUUGAACCUCACGAAUGCUGCCGACGUUUAUUUCACCUGGGAUGAUGUCAAGAACAGCUCGCGGAACCUGAUUGUCUAUUCUGGUAACGUGCUGGAUCUCGACCUUCUGUAUUGGUUCAAUGACACGCAGGUCACAUAUCCCGACCGUUUCAAGGAGCUGAGGAACAGAAACUCGUCUCUCAACAAAGCUGUUCGCGGUCGCGACGUCACGCGCGCUUUCCAGUCGCCCGGUGAUAAGCAGAUGGCGCAGUGCUUCGAGGAGAUCAUCAAGGUUGGCUAUGUUGAUACUGAUACUGUCGGAUGCAUCGCUUCCAAGGUGGUCCUCUACAUCUCGCUCGUUUUGAUUCUGUCCGUUGUCCUUUCGCGUUUCGUGCUCGCUCUCAUAUUCCAGUGGUUUAUUGCUCCGACAUAUGCGGCUGCCAAGACUUCGCAGUCGUCCGACCCUCGCAAGCGCGCCCGGCAGAUCGAAGACUGGUCUGAAGACAUUUAUCGGGCACCGCCCCGGAUGCCUGGUGAUAUCGGCAGCAGCGUCAAUGGGUCGGAUCGCCAUAGUAAGCGCAGCAGCUUCCUGCCGACGACCUCUCGCUUCUCAGCCGUCUACGGCAAUGACCGCGCAAGCCGCAAGUCCGGCGUGCCCACGACCAUGACGACCCAGAACGCGGCCAGCCAGUAUCUGAGCCCCGGUCCCUACCGCCAUGGCAACGACAGCCGGACGAGCUUCCUCCGUUCCGACCCAUAUGCUAGUACCGUCAGCGCUUCGGACGGUCCAGGCCCUGCCGGCUUCAUCCACGAGGCUGUCGUUCCUCAGCCGCCGGCCGACUACAUGCCGUUCGGUUUCCCUCUCGCCCAUGCCAUCUGCCUGGUCACAGCCUACUCGGAAGGUGAACUUGGUCUCCGCACAACCUUGGAUUCGAUUGCCAUGACGGACUACCCCAACAGCCACAAGGUGAUCCUCGUUAUUUGCGACGGUAUCAUCAAGGGCAAGGGUGAGUCCAUGUCGACUCCUGAUAUUGUUUUGGGCAUGCUCAAGGACCAGCUCCUGCCGCCGGAGGAGGUUCAGGCCUACUCGUACGUGGCUGUUGCCAGCGGUGCCAAGCGUCACAACAUGGCCAAGGUCUACGCGGGCUUUUACGACUAUGGCCCGAACUCGCCGAUCCCCGUCGAGAAGCAACAGCGUGUGCCUAUGAUGGUCGUGGUCAAGUGUGGGACUCCCGAGGAAGAGCACGCUGCCAAACCUGGCAACCGUGGCAAGCGUGACAGUCAAAUCAUUCUGAUGUCGUUCCUCCAGAAGGUUAUGUUCGACGAGCGCAUGACGGAACUCGAGUACGAGAUGUUCAAUGGCCUUUGGAGAAUCACGGGCAUCUCCCCUGAUUUCUACGAGAUGGUUCUCAUGGUGGACGCCGACACCAAGGUGUUCCCUGACAGCUUGACGCACAUGAUCUCGGCCAUGGUCAAGGAUCCCGAGAUCAUGGGCCUGUGCGGUGAGACCAAGAUCGCCAACAAACGCGCCAGCUGGGUCUCGGCCAUCCAGGUCUUCGAGUACUUCAUCUCCCAUCACCUGGCCAAGUCCUUCGAGUCCGUCUUCGGUGGUGUCACCUGCCUGCCCGGUUGCUUCUGCAUGUACCGCAUCAAGGCCCCCAAGGGCGCUCAGAACUACUGGGUGCCCAUUCUGGCCAACCCAGACGUCGUCGAGCACUACUCGGAGAACGUGGUGGACACGCUGCACAAGAAGAAUCUUCUGCUGCUUGGUGAGGAUCGUUACCUUUCGACGCUCAUGCUUCGCACUUUCCCCAAGCGCAAGCAGAUCUUCGUGCCGCAAGCCGUGUGCAAGACGACUGUGCCUGAUGAGUUCAGGGUGCUGCUGUCGCAGCGUCGUCGUUGGAUUAACUCGACUAUUCACAACCUUAUGGAACUCAUCCUCGUCAAGGAUCUUUGUGGUACUUUCUGCUUCUCCAUGCAGUUUAUUGUGUUUGUUGAGCUUAUUGGUACCCUGGUUCUGCCCGCUGCCAUCGCGUUCACGUUCUACGUCGGUAAGUACAUGCUUUUUGUCCGGUCCUUGAUUCUACCCAGGUUGCUAAUAACUGAAGUCAUCAUCUCAAUCGUAAACUCCCCGCCGCAAAUUAUCCCUCUCAUCCUGCUCGCUCUGAUCCUCGGUCUGCCGGCUGUUCUUAUCGUAGUCACCGCACAUAGCUGGUCAUAUGUGGUCUGGAUGCUCAUCUACCUGCUCUCACUGCCCAUCUGGAACUUUGUGCUGCCGACGUACGCCUUCUGGAAGUUUGAUGACUUUUCGUGGGGUGAAACGCGCAAGACUGCCGGAGAUACCAAGGGCGGCGGCCACGGUGACGCCGAGGGCGAGUUCGACUCGUCCAAGAUCACGAUGAAGCGCUGGGCCGAGUUUGAGCGCGACCGUCGGCUGCUGGCUCAACAACAACAGCAGGCCGCGCAGAUGCGGCAUAAUAGCUAUAGCCAUGCUAGCCAUUGGGGAUCGAUGGAGAAUGUGAUUGGCGGCCCUGGCGGCGGUAGCCAGGCGCAUCUGAUGGGUGGUCAUGGCCCGUACGACGGCGGGUAUUACUCGGAUGCUUAA